AUGGAGUGCUAUAUGAGGUUUGCCGGCAACGCGGAUGAUAUGAAGGCGGACCUGCUGCAACCGCACUUAACGAACGAGGAGCUCCACCAGCUUCUGCUUGAGAGCAUCGGGCACUGGAAUGUUCAAGAGGCGAAGUAUCGCCCGAACAAAGCACAUUCAUCGGGUCGUUGGAAAGGGUUUGCUAGGUUUUGGACGUUCCUACGACUGAUCCACACAUCCUUGCAAGCGUUGAAGGCUUCAUCGGUGGAUGUCGAAGAUGGCGACCAAGACCUGCAAGACCCUCCAGAAGAGGCUGCUGGUGGUGGACUUAGCGGCCCUAAGGACCUUCUGCAGAAGCUCAGGGCUAUGCAGCAAAAGAAGCCAGUGAUGGACGUUGUCUGCAGCGUUUUGCAAGAUGACCAAAUCCGAAAGCUUGGCUGGUUGAUCUGGUCGUCGCGAAUUGUAUUGCAGCGAUCUUACCAAACACUGCCUGAGCAGCUCUCCUCGAAUGAGAAUGCGGCACGAGACCUCCAGAUUAACUGGGCCAACAGGCACUGGGCUGCUGAGAUCGGCAACAUUUUCCUUAUGCUGGGCAACGAAGAAAUCCUCCAUCGCUUGGGGUUGCUUGCUGGUGCAGAUGAUGUUGCUGAGACCAACCGCAUGGCCAAAAUGCUGGGUGAGAUCCUUGUCAGGACAGCCAGCCAGCGUUGCUGGACAAUGGCUAGCUGGUCUGAACUACCUCCUUUGAACUGGUCCUCAGUCUUGUCCCAAGACCCUGAGGAGGCAAGAGCCGGCUUGGAUCGGAUUCGUGGAGACCAAGAAUCGGUUGAAGCUGCAUGGUCCUACCUGAAUUCUGCAGAUUUUCAUGAAGAAUCUCAGGGCUUAAAGUUUGCCUUCGACAACUUGUGGGUCCACCGCUUGACGUUGGUGCAAGAAUCUGGGCGUGUUGUGAGUCAAGUGUUUGUUUUCAUUGAACAUGGGCAACGCUAUGCUCCAAAACCUACUUUGCACAUGGGACCGAUGAUGCUUGUUGCCAGGGUCGUCUCAGAAUGUCUGCAGGAAACAUGGCAACAUUGCCGGCAUUUUGGAUGGCAUCCAGACUCCUAUUACAACCACUUUUGGAGACUAGCAUCAACUUUGAUCAGUACAAAGGACCUACUCGAGGACGUGUUUGCAGACAUUGCAGACCAUGAAGAGCGAGACAAGAAAUCAUCCACUCCCAUGAUGCCCGAGACAGUUUUCUUCUAUAACACCAUGUCAGAAAGGCUUGGCAACGUCCCUUUUCUGCAGAUUCAGGCCGGCGACUUCACUUCCGCGGCUGCUCGCAAGUUUUCAGCUGGCCGGGGAGAGACGUUCGGAGAAAAGUUCAAGAUCAAGAACGCCGUUACUGAGAAAAUGAAGGAGUGUUGCAAGCAUCGUGAUUCGAGCAGCGCUGUGAAGCCAAGUGGCCAAGCAGCUGACUUUCGCUCAAUUGGCGCUAUGCUUGCCCUUCGUGAGCUCGGCCCAUCUCGUUUCCAUGGGAUUGGGGGGUGUUGGGUUGGAUGCCUACUACAAGAAGGCAUGGUCUACCGGCACCUGUCCAGCAAGAAGGUUUACCUUUCCCUGGGGUUUCAGCAUCAAGCCCUAUUCGGAUGGGAGCUUGAAGAGCUGGAGGAUGAGACCAAUGGGACUUUCUUCUUCCUUGCCGAGUCACGCAUGACCGUGCAACAGUUUAUCGGCAAGUUGGAGCCAAUAGUUGCGCAUGAGCUUGGGCAGGGGAAAGAAGCUUUUGCAGGCGUUCCAUGUCCUCCAUGCACCAGGACCUGCCGUGAGCAGGAUGGGGUGGUGCUGCGAAAGGAUGGGGACGAGUCUCUUUUGCUCCCUUUCUGGUUGCGCUAUGGGGUGUUGAAUCCCACCAUCAAGGCGCACUUGCCAAAGCUCAUCUUUGCUUCUGGUGCGCCACUCUUGAAAUACAAUGAGAAGACCGUGGGCGUCAAAAGCAGGAUGUCCUUGAUCAAACACAGCUUCCCGGAUAUGGAUGAGGUGCGUCAAGCGGAGGUUCUGGAUCGUUUGUUGCAGUCAGACGCCACAAUCAAAUCCAAACUCAUCCGGCCAGACUCUCUCAAAGACGUGCUGGUAGAAAUGGAUGGGACCACCGACGGAAAAUUGUUCACUGACAUGAAAGAUAUGCUAGACCAAGAAGAUCGAGAAACAUUUAUCUUGACGCGCUUUGCAGCCCCACGGGCUGCCGCAGAAGCUGCUACUCCAUGGUACAUAAAGAACUUGAGGCCUCCCAUGACCAAGUGCUACCUGACCUGGCAGGUUGCCACAAAGUCUUUCCAAGGCUACUACCCCAAAACUUUGGAUGAGAGCCAGCGAAAGAAUCCCAAAGUCAAGACACAUUGGUCAACAUCUCGGACAUUUGGAGAGAAAUGGACUACUGAGCAGGCACUCACGCAAGUCGUUCGUUUCCUGUGGGGAAAGCACAAGAAAGGUGGCCACGAAUGCUCUUCGGAACCCAACAAGCAGAAAAUUUCGGAUGGUUUGGAAAAGGCAUCCAUGGUGCUGGAGGGGACGAUCGAGGAUUGCCAGCCAGAUGUUUUGGAGGACGCGCCUGAUGACAAGACUACUGAUGAGGUCAUGUCAAAGAAUGCAGAGGAGGUGCCGGAACGGGAAACAUCGAAUGAAGGAAAUGGUGGCCAAGUCCAAGCCAUGUCUUCCAGCUCAAUUUCUGAGUCUGAUUCUUCGGGCGAUGGUGACCCUGACGGUGCAGCUGCCUCUUCUUCCAAAGCCAAAGGGAAAAGUCAGAAGUCAAAAGCAGAGCCCAAGAAGGGCGCUGCAGCAAAAGGAAAGGCUAAGGCCAAGAACAGACAGAAACAAACUCCAAAAAAUGAGCCUGCACCCAAGACAGGCAUUUUGGAGGUUUUGACAGAGACAGCGGGAGAGGCCGCAAACUUCAGCACUGUGUGCCGAGAUGUUUACCAGCGACUUUGGGUGGAGGAAUCUUUGGCCGAGACAAAGCGAAGUGCAGAGGGGAAGAGGUUGCUGACGCCGGUGUGUUGUAUGCAAGCCCAUACUAGCCAUCGCAACAUCAGCCGAAUCAGUGCAAACUCCCUCCGAAGAGUGUCUUUGCUUGAAACGUCAGCUUUGUCCCUUCCAGGUUGCCCUUGGCUUCCCUUGGCAUCUGCAGAGACUCUCCAGCACUUGGUGAUCUCAAUGACAAGGCCUGACGAGCAGGAUCACUGGGCGGCGAUUCUGGAAGCCAUCGCAGGAGCAGCAAUCUUCAGGCUGAAGCGCUUUGAGCUCCAUGGUCUGAGCUUCCAACCUCGAUUCUUCCAGCUGCUGGCAAAGCGUUUCGCCACUCUUGGGACUUUGCAGGAUCUAUGCCUUGACUUCAAAGAGACUGUCCCAUCGCAGGAGGACUUCGAGGAGUUUGAUGUCCCAUCGCAGGAGGACUUCGAGGAGUUUGAUGAGAAGUUCUGGAAAAGCCUUGAAGAGGCUCCGCUGCAUAGCUUGCAGCUCAGCGGGCUUCACAGCGUCCACCUUUGCGGUGGUCUGCGGCGGCUGCGUGGCUUGGGGCAGCUGAGGCAUUUGCAGCUUGGAUGGGAGAGUGCUGACGCCCUGGUUUCAGAGGAGGCUGGUGAAGAACUGAUGGAGCUCCUGGAAGCAGGUUUGGCCUCUGGGUCUUCCCAGCCCCAUGGACAGCAAAAAACCUUCCAGCUGGAGAGUCUGGCCCUGUUUGGUCUCAGCCGAGUUGGGAACCUACGGCUCCUGUUGGAGACUUUGCCACUGUUGCCACUCACUUCGCUGGACCUCUCCCACAACGUGGUCGGGCAGGCUUUGUUGGAACCGUCUAUGAUGACCGUCCUGGAGAGCUGCCACCUCACCAAGUUGAAUUUAACAGGCAGCAACCUGAACCUCCCAGCUGUGCUGAACAGCGCUGCGCCCACGCUGCAAGAGCUGCGCCUGGGAGGUUGUCGAGCACCACUGGGACCGCAAGGCAGCGAGUUGCUGCAGCGUUUCCUUGGCAGCCUCGAAGACUUGCAGGUUUUGGAGCUUGGCAACUUGGGACAGAUGCAGCCCUGGUUGCGACGCCCACUGCUGAAACUGCUGCGAAGCUGUGCGCCUUUGCUCCGGCACUUGCAAGCCAAGCUCCCGGCAAACUUGUUGGAGGUAGGUCUGGGUGGCAUGUUUGCGACCGGCACCAUGGACCGCACCACUUUGGCACGCUUGGAGUGGUUGGAACUGGAGCCUGGUGGCCUGGUUUCACCCGCUUUCCCUGCACUCUUUGGCAGCGUCAACACCCCGCGGCUGCAGCACCUUUGCAUUGCACAUGCGGCACUCAAGGAUGGCCUGGGAUCGUCACUCCUGCGGAGACUGACAGGCAUCUCCGGUCUCCGAGCCCUUGGCCUGCGAGACUGUGGUCUUGGAGCCAAUUCGGCACGCUACUUCAACCUGGCCAGCUGGCCAAAUUUGACAUACUUGGAUCUGAGCUACAACCGAUUUGCUUCUGCAGGACAAGAGCUGCUGAACAAGUUUUCAACCACCUGCCGCCUGAGACACCUUAGUCUUCGCUGCUGCGACCUGGAAGCAGAUGCUAUGGUGUCUGUGGGGCAUCUCGUGGUGUGUCUUCAACAACUUGAAGUCUUCGACCUUGGCGGCAACGAGAGGCUCUGUUGCGAUCAGUCGACGGCUCAGCUCUUUCUGCAAGCGGCAGUCAAGGAGUUUGGUCAAGGCACUUUUUGGGCAUGGCCUGCGGUCUCGACAAGUGGACGCCUAGACCUUCGUGGCAGCGUUCAGGCUGAUGUGGUGGUCUUUCUGCCCAAGAAAUUGGGCCGUUUUCAUCUGUUGCGGGUGGACAGCUGA